ACUGCUAACCACCAACGUCAAAAAGCCCAUUUAGAAUAUAUAUAAACAUUAUCUUAGUUUUAGUGCUUGAUUCCGGUCCACUUCAUUGUUGUGGUUUGUGACCAAAGCACUUAGCAUGCAGCUGCAAAUACCGUGGGUAACCAUGGUUACCAAGGGCAUCACAACAAAACGGGAUCAAACCGUCGACACGGAUUCACCGGGCUGUUCCGUGCUUCUCCCUGCUAGGACCCUUAAUUAAGCACAUUUGUCCAGCUAAAUUUAUUACAUUAAAUAAACUGAGAAAAUGUACAAAGCGGAUUUGCCUUCAGACUCCUCCAUAGAAAAGGCUUUGGAGAGGCGAAGGACUGCAGAAAUGGCACGCAAGGCCCGGAUCUUCAACACCCGGCAGCGUGUGUUGGGCCUCGACCUUAAUGCUCUCAACCAACAGGUCCAUGAGAAAAAACAUCAGCAGAACAUGGAGAAACAACGGGACAAAGCGUAUGAUCAGCUGAGAGAAUAUCACGAUAAAGCACUGAUUCAGCGAGACAUCGAUGAAAGAGAGAAGCAAGCAGCUUUACACACUGGCCUGACCCAGUACUGGGCCACUCGUCAACGUGCAGAGGACUCAAGCGAUGUGAAUCUCAAGUCUGGCCUGAAGGGGGCAUUCGGGGUCACCAUUCCAGAGGGGGAGCUGGGGCCUGCCAGUAUGACAAUAUUCCAGGGAGAGGGUAUCGGAGAAGAGCAGAGGCGGCGAGAACAAGUGAAGAUGACAGAGAGAGAUCUGCGAACACAGAAGGAGGACAAUGAGAGGAGGCUUUUGGGAGACAAGCACAAAGCGAUGCUGGUAGGCAGAGAACUGGUGCAUCAGGACCUCAGGGGGCUUCAGCUACGUGCACUAGAGGAGGAGUGCAAGAAAGCUGCCUGCAUCGCACUCGAUAACUACAAUCAAUCUCUGGCUGCAGAGCGGGCAGAAGCACUGAAGGUGCAGCAGAAGAGCGAGGAAAGAGAGGAUGUAGCAGAGAUGUGGCACACUCUGACGUCCGAUAUGAUGACUGAGUGUGCAGAGGGGGCGAGACAGACUGGAGAAGGGAGGCGCCCACUGGUUCUGGUGGACAGGUGGAAGGGGAUGAGCCCUGAGCAGCUGAGCGCCAUCCACAGGGAGAGAGAAGAACAGCGUUUUGAGAGACAGAGACAACGUGAAGCUCAAAAGAUACAGGAUGUAGCUUACGAACUGCAGCUGCUGAAGCUGUCCAGAGAAGCAGAGGAGGAGGAAAGGGGAGCAGAAGAGAUGAGGAGACAGAAGAGGAUUCAAACAGCCCGUUACAACAUGCAGCUGGCCAGAGAGCAACAGGCACACCAGGAGUACCUGAACAAGAAGCUAUACACCAACAAACCCAGCAAGGACUACUUUCAUCAAUUCAACACCAGCUCCCGCUGAUCACACUGUACGAAGGCUUGUUGCUGUGUGACAAUGUACUAAUAAAAUCUAUUAUGCACACUCAAUACACUGAAUGUUGUUUAGACAAUGCAUCCAGCUUACUUACUGAGAGGAAACACGUGCAUUGAUUUUAUCUACAGAUGCUGAUGACAAAGAGGGACACUUUAUUUGUUCCAUAUGUAGUACACAUACACCCACCUCCCGUCGAUUAGCCAUGAUGCAUAUAGGUCCCAUCAUUGUCCCAUUGUGCACAGCACACAACACAAAGAGCCCCAUCCACACCCGGCCAUGACACACACUUACCACUACUUCCUGCCUUCUUCUUUGCCUUAUUUUCACUUACCCCUCCCUUGCACGCAGGCAUUGCCGUUUAAAAUCUGUUGUUUUUUUUUAGUUCUGAAGAAGCUUAUGACAAUGGAAUGUUUCUUUUUUAAGCUUAAAAAAAGGCAAAAAUCAAUAGUGGAAAAGCAGAGACUAGUGUCCUCAGUCUCCCCCUCGACACAUGAAAAGCAAAGAGUGAGUGGCAGUCGAGUGAGUAUCUGUUUGUGUACACUCAUUCCUCAUUCAAAGCUAACAUUUGCCCUGAACACUGACAAACACAGAUGUGUAGCAGCAGAUAGUUAAGUUAGAAUAUUGGCAUAUUUUGUGUCAUUCGUCGCUUCUGUAUGAAAGGAUAGAUUUUCAAAAGUUUUGUUUGUCCUGAGUGUGUGUGUGUAACCAACAACAUGGAGCUUAGACACACUUCCUUCAGUGCCACUGGUCUGUUAAUAUAGUGCAUUACCUCAGGGACUGCCAGGUGGAGUUUGGCCAGUGGUACAAAAAGUGAUACACACGGUAGAUAUUCACUGCACUGCAGUUCAUUGCAAGAUGGUUAUGGGUGUGAAGGCAAAUAGCGUUUGCUGUUAUGCUAAGUCUUAAAAUAAAUAGGUGCAACUAAUCAUUUUGAAUUUGGAAACGUUUGCAAACAUCUACAGAAUGUCUUUAAAUUAUUUUCCUGUCAAUUCAUUUUUUGCUAAAACAUCAAAUAUCACUGCCAAAAAUGGAAAGUUUAAAUUUAUAGCAAUGGUACAAA